AUGCUCAUCAACCUGGACCGCGCGCCGGACCGGCUCGCGUUCAUGGAGAAGCAGUUCGCCGAGCACGGCGUGCGCUACGAGCGGUUCCCGGCCGUCGACGGCGCCGCCGUCGCCGGGGACCCGGCGGCGGUCGUCGAGGGCUGCGCCGUCGAGUACUGCGCGCCGGCCGACUUUGGCAUCGAGCGGGAGCGCUGGUGCCGCGAGGGCAAGAAGCUCCGCGUCGGCGAGAUCGGCUGCGUCCUGAGCCACCUCGCGUGCAUCAAGCGAGUCUACGAAGCGAACGAGCACGAGGCCGUCGUCGUCGUCGAGGACGACAUCUCGCUGGAGUUCGUGCCCAAGUGGACGCGGAGCCUCGGCGACAUCGCCCGCGCGGACGGCUGGGGCAUCGUGAAGAUCUCCUGCAACCACCCGGCGGGCGUGCGCAACCUGCUGAAGAUGGACGAGGGCCUCGUGCCCUUCAAGCGCCACUACUGGUCCACGGGCAUGUACAUCAUCAACCGCCGCGGCAUGAAGCUCGUCCUGGACAAGUACUGCGCGGGCGCGGCCUUUCGCGUCAUCAACGACUCGGCCUGCGGCGCGGCGGACUACGCGAGCACCCCGGCGUUUCGCCGUCGCUCGUCCGCGAUCUACGACGUCGACGACUGCUUCAUGUACACGGUGCCGCUCGUGUGCGAGGCGACGUUCGAGUCGACGGUGCACGACGCGGACCAGGAGCACACGGACUACAGCUCGUCGCCGGCGGCCAAGGUCGUCCGCGACUUCUACAAGGCCAAGGACCUGUCGGCCACCGUGUCGGCCAUGCUCAAGGCCAUGCCCGAGGACCAGCUCGCCGCGCUCCGGGAGAAGUUCCUGGCCGCGCAGCUCAACUCCGACAAGCGCAAGGCCGCGGCGCCGCCGCCGCCGCCGCCGACGGCCGCGCCCGCGCCCGCGCCGCCGCCCGCCGAGCCCGACGAGGACCCGAAGGCGAAGGUCGAGGACACGUCCCGCGUGGGCUGGCAGGCCAAGUGGUCGGCGCCGAAGAAGGCGCCGAGCUCCUUCGCCGCCUUCGCCGCGGCGAGGCGCGAGGCCGGGGGGAAGAAGGGCUAA